GUCAGACGGAGGUGAUCUACAUUCCUGAAUUGUCGUUCCAGGACGGGUUACAAUCGCGUCCUUAGAUGUGGUGUACAUUGACUUUGUAAACCGGGUGUUUUCAACUGGAUUAUUUUUGUGUUUGAAGCUGGUAGAUGUUUUUGUUGUUUUUUUUGUUGUUGUUUUUUUUUUACAAUUUAAAAGAAACUUCGACUUUUAGAUCGAAAUCAAAGUAAAUGAGAUCAAAUGUGGGGACACAAGAGAGUGAUAGGACUUUUGCUGAUCAGUCUUCUCAACAAUCUAGCCAUUCUGACAACCAUUCCUAAGAAAAGCAUUUGUAAAAUAAGUAGUGACCUGCGCUUGGCGGACUGUAGAGGACAGCAUUUAGCUGAAGUCCCUGUGGAGGACCUUCCUUCCUCUUUAGAGGAUAUUGACCUAUCCGAAAAUGCAUUGCAGGUUAUUCACCAUGGUGAUUUCUCCCACCUUUACCGCUUGCGUGUCCUCAAGCUGCAGUAUAACAACAUCUCCCUGAUUGAAGAUGAUGCCUUUCGCUUCAACCCCCUCUUGGAAUACCUUGAUGUCUUCAACAACUCCCUAAGAGCUAUCCCUGCCGAAGCCCUCAAGCUCCUUUCUAGGCUGAGAGUCCUUAAAAUGUCCAACAAUUUAUACACUGUGGCCACUCUGGAUGAGGUUUUUUCUAGUUUCACACAUCUCAAGGAAUUGUCAUUCGGAGGUCCUUUCAUCCCAAGUCUGAAGAAAGGGGAUUUUCAGGCCUUGCAGGAGAUCGCUUUGGAAAAACUUGCUAUUAAAACUGCAUCCAGUCUACAGAACUAUGAGCAAGGGUGUUUGAAAGUAAUCCAGACCAAAAACUUGUGGUUUGAUGUGGCCUUGGACCAAAGGCCAGACAUUCUGCCAGUGAUGCUAGGCGAUCUAGCUAACAAGACAUUUGCUGUACUUCGCUUCCGUAACCUUUUUGAAUUCAAGUACUACACUGGUGAGAUUGACAUUUUCCAAGGUUUAGCACAUAUUAAAACCCACCAUAUAAUUUUCUACCGUGGCAAAUUCAAUGAAAAUCUUCUGAGAAUGGCCCUAAUAAACAUUCAGGUCUCUUCCAUCAAAGGCCUAGGACUUCUGUUCAUUGAUUUUGCCCGGUCACCCACCUUUGUGGACAGUGGCAUGAAUUCCAGUGUGACAAACCUGACUUUGGAUGAUCUAGUCUUGAGGGACAUCAGCAAUCCAGACAUCUUGCGGUUUGAUUGGCGCUUUACUUGGUUCAGUAAGGUCCGUCAACUGUCCAUUCAGAAUGUCAACUUCAACUUUGUACCCUGCGAUGCUUGGAAUGAAAUGGGAAUGAUUGAGAUGUUGGAUGUCUCUAACAACCGACUGAAAGACAACUAUCUGUACAACAGGAGGUGCCAGUAUAGUGGGACUAUGAGGGCUCUCCACUCCUUCAACCUCAGCACCAACCAACUGAGCAGCCUGAGUGACAUAGGGUCUUUAACAAGAGAGUUUAGGCAGCUGAAAGUGUUGGACCUCAGCUACAACCAGCUAGGUUCCAAGGAGGGUGCGUGCACUUGGGAGUCGAAUAUAACCAAGAUGAUCCUUCACCACAACAACUUUGUCAGCAGCACUCUCAGUUGUCUGCCUACCACCAUACAGUACCUAGACCUUUCCUUCUGCAACCUGGACCAGGUGGACAUGGACUACUUCAGACAAGCUACAAACAUUAAAGAACUCCUCCUUAGUGGUAACAAGAUUAAAUUCAUCCCUUCUGGGUGGAGUAAUCCAGCCUUGCUAUCCCUGGCCCUAGAUGGGAACUCCUUUGGACUUAUCAGCAUGAGCUCCUUCAAGAACAUGCCAAGAUUAUCGAGUUUGACAGCGGGAAACAACCCUUACCACUGCACCUGUGAGCUCCAUGCCUUCAUCCAGGAGACUACAACCAAGGGGAAGGUCAACAUCACAGACUGGCCUGACAACUACAGGUGUUACCACCCUGAGGUGUUGCUCAACACAGUAGUGGCGAAGUUCUUCCCUGGUCGCAUAGCCUGUGACAUCAGACUUGUUAUUGUCAUCUCUGUGGUGACAACCACUGUUGUGGUGUUGGCUGUAAUGGGGCUGUGCUAUGUUUUUAAUGUUCCGUGGUACGCUAAAGCCACAUAUCAGAUCAUCAGAGCCAAAUACAGGGCCCACAAGGAAGGGGAGGGAGUGCUGCAAACCUAUGCCUACCAUGCCUUCAUUUCUUACAGCCACUCAGAUGCUGAUUGGGUGAGAGAUAAGUUAAUGCCUUGCUUGGAGAACAGUAAGCCCCCCUACAAUAUUUGCAUCCAUGAAAGAGACUUUAUGCCGGGCAAGUGGAUCAUUGACAACAUUAUUGAAAACAUGGAGAACAGUCGGAAGGUCAUGUUUAUACUGUCACAGAAUUUUGUUAACAGUGAAUGGUGCAACUACGAGCUCUAUUUUGCCAAUCAGCGAGCCAUUGGAAAGACAUUCAAUGAUGUCAUACUGGUGGUCAAGGAGCCCAUUGAACCCAGUUCUUUGCCAAACAAGUACUGCAAGCUAAAGAAGAUGUUGAGCACCAAGACAUACCUGGAGUGGCCUCAUGAAGCCAAACAGCAGGCCUUCUUCUGGGCCCAGCUGAAAAGCCUGCUGGGGAAACCCAAUAUCACCAGAGAUCGAGCCUCCAGCACGCAGAGUCCACACACAGAGGUUGUGACUGUGGUGGAACUCUUGGAAAAUGGGAUUUCUGCAGAGAUUAUUCCACAUGCAGAUAGAGGAGGAGAGGCCCUUCCGGAAGUAAUCGAUAAAAUAAACAAAAUGGUUUCCCAACUGGAGAAUGCAAUGGAGAGCCUCAUAAGAGUGUUCCACAACUAUUCAUCUAAGGAGGGUGACAAGUACAAGUUGAGCAAGUUGGAGCUGAAAAGCCUCUUGCAGGGAGAACUCUGUGACUUCUUGGCGGCCAGUAAAGACCCAAUGGUGGUGGAAAAGAUCAUGACUGACCUGGAUGAAAAUCGGGAUGGUGAAGUGGACUUUCAGGAGUUUGUGGUCUUGGUGGCAGCGCUGACCGUGGCUUGUAAUGAGUUCUUUGUAGAAGGCAUAAAACAUCAUUGAACCAGUAUGUAGUCUCCCUUCCCUUCCUCCUUAAUAAAAACCAUUCUUUGAACUCA